AUGGAUUUUGGAAGAAGAAGAACUCAAAAGUACACUUUCAAAAGUCCAAAUUUAGAAUGUUUAAGAGAGCUAGGAUCUUUGGUGGUUAGUCCUGAAGACUUCAAAGGUAGAUAUGGGAGACUUCUACCUAUUUUGAAGACCAACAUGAUGGAGGGGAUUCUUGCUACAUUGGUCCAAUUCUAUGAUCCAUUGUAUCGGUGCUUUACCUUUCCAAAUUAUCAUCUUGUGCCUACCUUGGAGGAGUUUUCUCACUUGAUUGGCUUACCCAUCCAUGAUCAAGUUCCCUUUUCCGGUUUAGUAGAAAUUGCAAAGCAUCAAGACAUUGCAAAAGCUACUCUUUUAAAGAUGUCUGAGAUCAAAGCUAGUAUAACUACAAAAGGAGGAAUUCUUGGCUUGCCUACUAAAUUCUUGAUAGAGGAAGCUCGUUAUUUGGCUAGCAUGAAUAGUACAGAUGCUUUUGAGUCUAUUCUUGCCUUGCUUAUCUAUGGAUUGUUCCUCUUCCCUAAUGUUGACGACUUUGUUGACAUUAAUGCUAUCAAAAUAUUCUUAAUUGGAAAUCCAGUUCCUACCUUGCUUCCAGAUGUUUACCAUUCAAUCCAUCUCAAGAAUUUUCAUAAGGGAAGAAUGAUCAUAUAUUGUGCAACUCUGCUCUACAAGUGGUUUAUUUUGCCCUUGCCUCGAUCUACUGCCUUUUGGGACCUUAAGGACGGUUUUCUAUGGUCACAAAAGAUUAUGUCUCUCACUCAUUCUGACAUUGAUUGGUUUGAUCAUGCUUAUGAGGGGGGGGGCAUUAACUACAACCCGAUUUUGGCUCGCCGUCAGUUUGGAUACCCAAUGAAGGACAAGCCCAACAACAUCUUCUUAGAGAGUUUCUUCUUCAAGGAAGGAGAGGAAAACGAAGCACUCAGAGAAAAGAUUGUGCAUGCCUUGAGCCACUUCCAUAAGAAAAGAAGAGAAGUUCUAGGAAAGUUAGAUUGCGUCUCUUUGGAGCCUUAUCACCAAUGGGUGCAAGUUAGGGAAGUCAGUUUGAAAAUGUCUUAUCCUCGACAAGAGCCUUUGUCUUUAACUGUUAAAGAACCUUCUCUUGUUUUCAUGACUGACGUAGAGAAACUCAAGACUGCUUUGACUAGGGUGCAACGAGAAAAGGAUGCUUGGAAGAAUAAGUAUCAGAUCGUCCACAUAGAGAAUGAAGAGCUUUAA